GGUAUUUCUGCACCGAGGAGCAGCCAGCUGCACGUUUAACGGAGAGGAAACCGAUCCGGCUGGAAUAAUUGGCGUUGCCGAAAAUCAUUUAGGACGAAAGCAUUACUCGUUUGCUCAAAUCACAGGUGACGUGUGGAACCAAAGACAGCCCAGUGCUGGAUUCCCGAAGGACAGCUAGAGAUCACAGACCCUUGAGGUGAAAGAGGGUGCAUGGAUCGCUCAAGGACAAAGACUUCUGCCUACCUCUGGUUGGGCGUGGUCUCCGUGGCAUCAGCCUUCCUCUGCACAGAGGCGGGAGUCACGCCGAGCCCGUCCCUCUCGAAUAACAUCACAUGCGUCCAGGAGGCAGGUCAAUGCCAGCCUGGCAUCAUCUUACCCAUUUGGUACCCCGAGGACCCUUCUAUGGGCGACAAGAUCGCCAGGGUCAUUGUGUACUUCGUGGCAAUGAUCUACAUGUUCCUGGGGGUGUCGAUUAUUGCAGAUCGCUUCAUGGCUGCCAUUGAAGUCAUCACCUCCCAGGAAAAAGAAAUCAUCAUCAAACGUCCAAAUGGUGAGACGACGACAACGACAAUCCGAGUGUGGAACGAGACCGUGUCCAACCUCACACUCAUGUCGUUGGGCUCCUCCGCCCCUGAGAUCCUUCUCUCCGUCAUCGAGAUUUGCGGGCACGAGUUCCACGCUGGUGAGCUUGGCCCAGCCACCAUUGUAGGCAGCGCCGCCUUCAAUAUGUUUGUGAUCAUCGGCCUGUGCGUGUCGGUUAUCCCCGAAGGGGAGGUCCGGAAGGUAAAACACCUGCGUGUGUUUUUCGUAACAGCCGCAUGGAGCAUGUUUGCGUACAUCUGGCUCUAUAUGAUCCUGGCUGUGUUCUCGCCCAACGUAGUCCAAGUAUGGGAAGGGCUUCUCACCUUGGCAUUCUUUCCCAUCUGUGUCAUUCUAGCUUGGGUGGCCGACCGUCGCCUGCUCUUCUACAAGUUUAUGCACAAGAAAUAUCGCACGGACAAGCACCGAGGCGUCAUCAUCGAGACGGAGGGUGACCGUUCAAAAGGCAUCGAAAUGGACGGAAAGAUGAUGAAUUCUCAUUUUGUUGAUGGCGGAGCUGCUAGUAAUUUAAUGGGCCUGAUUGAGGGCAAAGAGGUGGAUGAGUCUCGCAGAGAUAUGAUCCGUAUCCUGAAGGACCUGAAGCAGAAACACCCGGAGAAGGAGCUGGACCAGCUGGUGGAGAUGGCCAACUACUAUGCACUGUCACACCAACAGAAGAGCAGAGCAUUUUAUCGUAUCCAGGCCACGAGGAUGAUGACCGGCGCUGGGAACAUCCUCAAGAAGCAUGUGGCUGAGCAGGCCAAACGCAGCACUAGCGUACAAGAAGUUCACGUGGAAGAACCCGAGGAGUAUGUGUCCCGCAUUAUGUUUGAACCUGCCAUUUACCAGUGUCUGGAGAACUGCGGCGCUGUUCUCCUCACAAUAGUUCGUAAAGGCGGCGACAUCGCUAAAACAAUCUAUGUGGAUUAUAAAACGGAAGAUGGCUCUGCGAACGCCGGUGCGGACUACGAGUUCACUGAGGGCACGGUGGUGUUCAAACCUGGUGAGGUUGUGAAGGAGAUCACUGUUGGCAUCAUCGAUGAUGACAUCUUUGAAGAGGACGAGCAUUUCUUUUUGCGGCUCAGUAACGUGCGUGUUCUGGAGACUGAGGAUGAGGUGCUGUCGCCCAGUAGCUUGCCGUACCCAAAGGCCUUGAUAGGAUUCCCUGCUGUUGCCACUGUUACCAUCCUCGACGAUGACCACGCAGGCAUCUUCACUUUUGAAAGCGAGUCCAUGCACGUGAGUGAGAGUGUGGGCAUCAUGGAAGUGAAAGUUCUGCGGACGUCAGGGGCGAGAGGGACGGUCAUCAUUCCGUUCCGCACGGUGGAGGGACUAGCUAAGGGCGGCGGAGAGGACUUUGAGGACGCGUAUGGAGAGCUAGAGUUCAAAAACGACGAGACCUGUAAAACCAUACAGGUAAAAAUCAUCGAUGAUGAGGAGUAUGAAAAAAACAAAAACUUCUAUCUGGAGCUAGCAGAACCACGCAUGGUGGACAUGAGCCUUCAGAAAGCUCUGUUAUUAGCUGAUGAUAUUCCAGACAGGAAGUUGUCAUCAGAAGAGGAGGAAGCCAGAAGAAUAGCAGAGAUGGGGAAGCCUGUAUUGGGCGAGCAUGCAAAAAUAGAGAUUAUUAUUGAGGAGUCGUAUGAGUUUAAGAGUACAGUAGAUAAGCUGAUUAAGAAGACUAACUUGGCUCUGGUCGUGGGCACAAAUUCCUGGAGAGAACAAUUCAUGGAGGCCAUAACUGUCAGUGCAGGAGAUGAGGACGAGGAUGAGGGGGGAGAGGAACGUCUGCCAUCUUGUUUCGACUAUGUCAUGCACUUCCUAACUGUGUUCUGGAAAGUUCUGUUUGCCUGCGUCCCGCCCACGGAAUACUGGAAUGGGUGGGCGUGUUUCAUUGUUUCCAUAGUGAUCAUCGGUCUUUUGACUGCUGUGAUCGGUGAUCUGGCCAGUCACUUCGGCUGCACCAUUGGCCUAAAGGACUCGGUCACCGCUGUGGUGUUUGUAGCCCUGGGAACAUCUAUCCCUGAUACCUUUGCCAGUAAAGUUGCAGCGGUGCAGGACAGUUACGCAGACGCAUCGAUCGGUAACGUGACCGGUAGCAACGCUGUGAACGUUUUUUUGGGAAUCGGUGUGGCGUGGUCGGUGGCCGCCAUCUACUGGCACAUGCAGGGUCGUGCGUUCGAGGUGCAGGCGGGUUCCCUGGCAUUUUCUGUCACUCUCUUCACCAUCUUUGCCUUCCUGGCGGUGAGUGUCCUGCUGUACCGGCGCAGGCCUCACAUCGGUGGAGAGCUGGGCGGCCCGCGCACACAGCGCAUCUUCACGACACUCUUUUUCUUCGGCCUCUGGUUUCUCUACAUCCUUUUCUCCAGUCUUGAGGCUUACUGUGAUAUACAGGGCUUCUGAAGAGAAGAGAUGGGGUGGGAUGAGGCGGGGGUUGGAGAUGAGGAGAGAUAGAUGCCAGGAAACUUCUUCUAGUUGUAAAUGACAGAGUGAGAGCUAAGGAUUGAUUCGAAAAGGUCGCUAAGGUUUUGAGCAGGAGCUACAAAAAGGACAUUGGUUCUUCAGAUACCUUCACGCUGAAGAUGAAGAGUGUGAAACAUCUCUCUGAGGGGUGGGACAGUCUUAACCUGGAGUCUGAGCUUUUCACAGUCUAUAUUUUUCUCAACACCUGCUG